GUAAGCGUGUUCCCUCAGCAUUGCUUAGAUUGCAUUCAUUUCUAUUCGACUGGAACUAACUUUUUUAUUCACUGCUCCUUUAAAGACAGAUGCUCCUAGAUCCUGCUAUCCGGGAUUGGGUCUUGAUUCCCAUCAUGAUUGUCAUGGUUCUCGUCGGUAUUCUUCGCCAUCACAUCACGAUGUUAUUGACGGGACAACCAAAGAAGCCACAAGUUAAAGCCGUCCGUGAAUCAAAAGCACUUUUACGUGGUAUGCGGUUACGAACAUUUGGCAAUCAUAUCCCAGCACAUGCUUUCAGCAGUCGAAAAGCUAUCCUUGCCGAAGCAUUUGAAGAAGGUCGAUAUCUGAAGAACGCGCCUGGUAACAACAAUAAUGCCCCCGCAACACCGCCAAAUCCAAUGACGGAUCCCGAUAUGAUGGAAGGCAUGAUGGAGGGCAUGAAGAAACAGUUGACCAACAUGGUACCUCAAAUGCUUAUCAUGGGGUGGAUCAACUUUUUCUUUAAGGGUUUCGUCGUCAUUAAGCUGCCAUUUCCAUUGACACCACGUUUCAAGACCAUGUUGCAAAGCGGUGUGGAUACCCGUGAUAUGGAUGUCACCUGGGUUUCGUCGCUGUCGUGGUACUUUUUGAAUUUGUUUGGUCUUGGAAGCGUAUUUGCUCUUAUCCUAGGCGAUAACAACGCUGCUGGAGUGGAUAUGGCUGCCAUGGGUUCCAUGCCAGGCGCUAUGCCUGGUGCAGGUCAACCCGGCCAGCAACCCGAUUUCACCAAGCUAUUUUCGGCAGAAAAGGAAAAUUUGUUGAUCACAUCUCAUCAAUGGGACUUGGAGGAUGUAGAGGAAAGAUUAUUGCAAAAAUAUGGUAAAAAGACCAAGAAAAGCAAGUCAGCAGAAGCAGCGACACAGCCAUCCAAAAAGGAAAUGUCUGUGCGUGACAAGAUCAAAGCAAGUCAGCAAAAGGCGAACAGUGCUGGAAACAAACGUCGACAUUGAAUUUAUUAUAUACUCUAUGAUAAAUAAAUACUAGUAACACGGUAAUCUAUAUG